UAUUGUAGAUACAGUUUUGCUCCAAAAAAUGACAAAAUACAAGUUUGCCAUACAAAGUGGGGGGAAAAUAAAAGAUUAGUGUAAAACGAAAAGUAAAUGAUGAAAAAGAAAGAGAAAGAUAAAGAGGGACAAAAAUAGAAGCAUAAAUAAAACAAAAGAGCAAUUGAUUGUGAAGAAGAGGUGAGGGGAAGGGAAGAGAAGAGAAGUGAAGGAGUGUGGGUGAUGAUGGUUUAAGAACCAAUCCAAACCAUCAUUGCGAAUCUUGGGACGGCCUAGCCCACCAUCAUUUUACAAGCCCUAGCCAUAAGUCCCAUAAUUGUCCCUCUCAUAUCCAUAAUGCCAAACAUAAUACCGAAAAUGCCCCUAAAACCCAAAAAUACUUAAAAAAAAAAAAAAAAAAAAACCCAUCAUCAUUCACAUGACGCCAUAUCCACCAUCAUACAACCAAAACAUUAAAAUCUUUUUUAGGCUCUUAACCGGCCGCCUUCCAUGCUUACACAUGCAUGAUUGUUGUGUCAGACAGAGAGGGGCAUGUCCCCCCCUCAUGAGCCUUUCUCUCUCUGUUUCUUUUUUAUCUGUCUUACUUUAUUUUUCUCCAUUGCCAACCUGCUCUAUAAAUUAACAUCAUCUUUGUUCUCUUUGUCCCUCACUUAUCUCCUUGGGACUUCUUCUUCCUCUUUUACUGAUCUACUUGUUGUUAGAAGGAAAAGAAAAGAAAAGAAAAAAAAAAAAAAAAAAAACCAGAUACAUACACUAGCUUCCUCGGCCAAAGCUCUCUAACCAACCCAAACACAAAAGAGGGAUAUCAGAGACGAUCUGAAAAAGUUUUAAUUCACGGCAAUGGAAAGGCUAAACUCAAAGCUGUACUUGCAGAACUGUUACAUAAUGAAAGAAAAUGAGAGGCUGAGGAAGAAAGCACAGCUUCUGAACCAGGAGAAUCAAGCACUGCUUUCUGAGCUGAAACAGAAACUCACAAAGACAAACUCAAAAAGCAAUGCUGCAAAAGCUAUUCCUGAUCUGAAUCUGAGCUCAAGCUCCAACCAAAAUCCUUCCGGUUCUAGCAACUGAUGGUAAAAAUGUGUAGGUGGAUAUAUUAAUAUCAUGACCCCACAAAUUCAACUAAGGAUUACUUUUUUGUGUAAUACCAUAGUCGACCUCCAACAGCAGCACAGCAGCAGUAGCAGUAGUGGUAGUGGUAGUAGUACCAGUUUUAGUUAUAUAGGACAGGACUUGUAUUUUCCAUUGGGUUUACUUGUGCUUCCAUUUCCAUCUUUUAUCGUAUCUUCUUUUUUUGGGGGUUAGGAUAUGAAUUUCUGCUCUUACAGGAUAUUGUAUCAGCCUAUCUGCCAGAAUCCAAUAUAGUAUCGUUGUAGUUUUAGAUCU